CAGGUCGACCACAACAAAGCAGCAUCUCGUCCUGUUUGCCUCGUCCCGGGUGUUCGGAGCUGAAUUAUGGCUCUUUAAUUCCGUCGACUUGUUGGACACUAAAAGAAGCCGUGCUUUGCUUCAGCAACGCACCCCCAAGUGCUCUACAGUUUUUCUGCAAGAAUGGAGUUUCAUUAUGCUCACCCUGCCCUGCUCUCUGUGGCCCAUCUGUCAGACCCUGCUCGCUCUCAGCAUAUGCUCGGACUUGGACUGAAUCAAAGCAUCAGCAGACAAAACGAUGGCGACGACGGCUCAUGUUUGGAAGACUCUUCGUGUCUGCCCGGCAGACCCCCUCACUCUCUCUCACCCACAGGCUAACCACAGCCAAUCACAGGGGUGCAGGGGGGAGGUGUCAGAGGAGAUCCAGCGCUUAAUUGGUUAUGGUCUCACUGACUGGAUGACGGAAGAAGUGGAUUUCUCCUCAUACCUCCCAAACCCUCCUUCCCCUCCCUCCUCCACUAAUGCCUCCCUUCCCCCUUCACCCCUCCAGAAUGAUAUCCAGGUGCCCUCUGACUUGGAGGUCAUGACCUCUCUGCUGCAAGAGGAACUUGCCCAACUAGAGGACUACUUCCUGUCUGAACCGCUGCCAGAGAAAGGGCAGAGGUUGGGAAAAUGCGACCGGGGUCCACUGCCGGCGGGUCCUCAGCCGUUCAGUCAACUUCCAUACGCAUCGUACUCAACGUCCAACCAAUCGGAAUCCAACCCCCUCCUUGUUACCCUGGCAACCGGAGAGCUGGACCUGCUGAGUAUCUGUGGCGGGUCAAUCGGGAGAUCCAAAAUUCCCAGACACGCCCCGUACAGCUGCAGUCGCCCCAGUGGGUGUAGUAGGAAAAGAGUUGUUGAUGGAGUUCGGUUCAGCGAAGGCUACGACAACAGUUUGUUGAGUUCCAAAGGAAGUAGCUCAGGUAACUCUGCCGUGGCCCUUACAGGUAGUUAUGGCUGUGUGGAAGAUGACCAGCUGGUAGGGAAAAGCUACUGUCUGGGCAACGCAAUCGAGGUUAGACGAUGUGCCGGUUUAUCCAAAGAUGAGAAAAAUUGCUGUUUUACUCAAGAUGUGAUAAGCGGCGCAAAGGUUGUCGGCGGUGGGUUUGGCUUUGGUGGGUCGCUCGAUGCCCCGCAUAAGAAAGAAGAUGUUUUGAUGUAUAGCAUGAGGGAGGUCAGCGGUGGCACCGGCAGCAACGAGGUGCUGAGCAGUGUCAAAGCAAGCGUGGAGGUGACAAAAGCCACCGUUUCGUGGAAAACCGACAGCAGCGAAGGUUGUUACGUUCCAGCAGCGCCCCAGUCUGAGGCCUAUCACAGCUACUUGGAGAACAUCAACGAACAGGUGAAAGCAGAAGGUCUCCAAAUACUUCCACCUGAUUUGCACUGUAAUUAUCUCGAGCAUCAGGCCCCAGAAUGUUUCCUCAUGUCCCGAGAGAGUCUGAGCCUGGACUCCCCAGGGCACAGGCAGGCAUGCAGGCUGAAAGACGACCACUGUGCUGUGAAAUACGAAGUGGACAUCAUUCCACAUGAAGGCGGCGAGCGAAAGCAGAAGAAAAGAGAUCAGAACAAAACUGCUGCUCAUAGGUAUCGCCAACGAAAAAGGGCGGAGCUAGAUUCUCUGGAGGAGCAGCUGCAUUGCCUGGAGGGAAGGAACCGGGAGCUGCGGGACAAGGCAGAGUCCGUGGAGCGUGAGAUCCAGUACGUCAAAGACCUGCUGAUUGAAGUUUACAAGGCGCGAAGCCAAAGGCUCAAGCAGGACACUACGGCGUAACCAGCAAAGACCUCGAAAUCCAGCGUCACUGGAAGAACGUUGAGUUUAGUGCUUUUGAGUUUGGAUUUCUGUGACUUGUUUUGUUUUUGAUGGUGAGGGGGCAGAUGCAUGCUUUACUAAUGUGGAUUCUUUUCUACACUUUGAAUCAGCGCUCCCCAAUGCUUCCAUUGUUUUCCACUCUGAGAUCACUUGAGCCUUCACUGUGGCAUUGCAACGCUUUACCUGACAAUCAUU